AUGUCCGUGCGGUUCGCAGUGGCGCUGAGACACGGCAAGCUGUACCGCCAGGGGAUCCUCGCCUUCUACUACGUCUUCCAGGCCAUCGAGCAAGAGAUAGACGCACUGCUAAGCAUAGACACUGCCACUGGUGCCACUGGUGCCACUGAUGUAUCCGACCAGAAGCUGCUCGCCAGCAAGAUCGUCAAGCAGUUCUGGAUGCCGGAGUUCAGGCGCACAGAGCAGCUAUACAAGGACCUGCUGCUGCUAUACUCGCCGGAGUACCCGACGUCCACGGAGCUCGACGCCAUGCUCGUGGACCACCAGCUGCCACCGCAGCUGCAAGGGUUCGUGGACAUGGUGCACGCGACUGUGCGCCAGAACCCCGUCACAGUGCUGGCCUACUGCCACGUCAUGUACCUCGCUUUAUUCGCAGGCGGUAAAGUCAUGAGGUCCACUCUCUACAGGAACACUGGCUUGUUCCCAAAGUUCGAGCACUUGUCCUCGAAGGAGCUCGCCCGCAAGGGCACCAACUUCUUCACCUUCAGCGACGCAGGCGUAGACGUCGAGAACCAGCUGAAGUGGCAGUACAAGAAGAACUACGAGCUGGCCACCCGCGAGGCACUGGCGGAGAACGACAAGCUCGAGAUCAUCGACGUCGCCAAGCGCAUCUUCGAGAGGAACAUGGACAUCAUCCAGGAGAUCGGCCAGCUGAACAAAGAGGCCCUCACCAACAACAAGCUCGACCUGCUGCAGUAUGUCUUCGAGGAGCUCAAGUUCUACAACAAGGACAGGAGCCACCAGCAGCUCGUCUACGCAGUGCUCGUGCUCCUCGCAUUGCUCGUGCUCUACCGCAUUGUAUACAGAUAG